AUGGGUAGGGACACUAUUGCUGACAUAAUAACCUCUAUACGAAACGUUGACAUGAAUAGAAAAGGACCCGUUCGAAUAGCAUCUACGAAGAUCACCAAAAAUAUUAUUAAAUUUUUUUUUCCACAGGGUUUUAACUCUACGACAUAA